AUGAAUAAAUACACAUUAAUUUUUAGGGAUGAAAAUACUGAAAAAAAAUAUUAACAUUAGAAAAAAUAUGGACUAAAUAUAAUAAUUGGAGGAAUGGUUAUUAGUUUUAUCUUAAGGACCAUUAUGAAAGUAAUUAAUUUUGAAUGGGUGAAUACAGGAAUAAAUUUGGGAGUUGUGGCUAUGUUAAUUUUUUUGAGAAGUUAUUCAAAAUAUUACCUAUUAAAACGAUUAAGCCUAAUAAUUACAAAUUGUGGAUUAUCAAUUUUUACAUUUAUUUAUGAAGAACCUAGUAAUAAUAUGUAUUCUCAUUUAAGAGGUGCAAAUAGUGCUUUAAGUUCAUUAAUAAUUGUAUUAUCUGGUGAUUUUCCAGAAAGUGUAGUUUAAAUUAUAUUUAUAUAAGUAACAAAAGGAAUAUAUACAAUUUUAUAUAGCUCUUAAAAUGAAUAUGAAAUAUUAACAGGUAAUAUAUUAAUAAUGAUAAUAUUAAUAUAUUAUUUAUAUUUUCAUCAUAAAGCAAUAAGAUCAUAAUAUUUAUUAACUUUAGUAGAAUAAAAAUGGGAAAAUGUAUUAGAAAGUAUAAUAGAAAAUCAAUCAUAUUUUAUUAUUAAUUUUAUUUAAGAUACAUAUUAAUUUUAAAUAUAAUCUUAACAUAAUUGUGAAUAAUAUUUUUAUGAUAAAGAUUAUAAAACAUUUUUAAGAUAAUCUUAAAUUGAAAAAUCUAAUUUAGAACAUUAUUUCUUUUAAUAAAUAUAACUACAUUUAAAUAAUCAUAAUCCUAUUAAUUCAUCAAUUAUAUUUGUUAAAAAUUCAUUAUCUUUAUUUAAACUUAAAUAUUCUAUUUAUUUUACUACUUAACCUACUAUUUUAAUUAUAUUUGAAACUGUUUAAUAAUCAAAAAAUAGAAAUAUUAAUUUACUUUAUAAUAAAAUUAUAUUGUAUAAUAGAAUGCUACAAAUGUCAAUUAAUUAAAUACAAAAUUAAAAUUUUUUGUAUCAACGAUUAAAACAUUAUUUAUAGAUAGAAAAUGUUAUGUUUUAACUAGAAAAAGGAAAUUUUAAGCUUCAAACAAUAAAACUAAAUAAAUUUUUAAUGAAAUUUUCCUUUAUUUAGAACCUAAGCAAUUAUUAAUAGAAAAAAGAAUUGAAAAUCACAACACUUCCUAAUGUUCUAAAAGCAUUGUUUUUGUUAAUCAGGGAUUUUUCUAUUUAAGUAAAAGAUAGAGAGAAGUAAAUCUAAAAUAGUAUCUUCUUAUCAUAUUAAGAUGUAUCAGAAAAUUAAGUCGUGUUGAUUUUAUAAGGUAGAUUUUAAGUUAAAUAAAUCUAAAAUUUGAUUGAUAUUUAUAAGCUACAAUUCUACACAAUAUUGAGCAACAUUGAUAUAUACUAAGAUAAAAUUAUAAAGUUAAUUUUAAAAAAGAGAAUCUAGAUACCAUUUAUAAAUAAAUUGGAUAUAUGA